AUGUCCAAAGCCCCCGCGCAGACACCCCAAACCUCGUCUCAACAAACCAGCAAACCCGAAUCCGAAAUGUCCGCAGUAGCCAUCGGCGCAGGAGUAGCAGUUGCUGCCUUCCUCGGCAGAGCAGGCCUCGUAGCCUGGCGUCGCUCCCGCGGCGGCGUCGGCGCCCUCGGCAAAGCCUUUUACAAGGGCGGCUUCGAGCCCAGGAUGAACAAGCGCGAGGCGGCGCUGAUCCUGUCGCUUCAGGAGAGCUCCAUCACAAAGGACAAGGUCAGGAAGGCGCACAGGACGCUGAUGCUGCUCAACCAUCCUGAUCGCGGGGGGAGUCCGUACUUGGCGACCAAGGUGAAUGAGGCGAAGGAGUUUUUGGAGAAGACUACUUCUUCGUAGGGGCGUGAGAGUUGUGGCGAAUUGGGGGGAUAGCAAAAGGGGAUGGAAGGGGUACGAGGGAAAAUGGUGGGAUUGGUGUGGUUGACUGUACCAAAAAGAUACAUUGCGUUUCGGAGGGUGCAUAAGAGGGUGGUGUAUGUGCAUCAUAGCAUUGGCGUUACGGCACUCUGGUUUUUAUGGUUUUGUUGGUUGGUGGACAAGGAAGCAUUGGUGCUGCUGGUCGGUUGGGUGGGUGGAUGGAUGGUUAUGAUCUGGAGUAGGAGAGAAAGGGGGGUUAUGUUGUAUGAGGAAGAGCUGUAUUUUUAUUGCUAAGGGGGUGUGUAGAGAGGUCAUGGUUUGAUCGGGGAACUCUCCUCUAAUACAAAAACAAAGCUUAAAAUCAACAAUCACUUGAGGUGUUGUUGACACAGUGAGUAUUUGGCUAGAG